AUAACGGCAUCAAGAAUCAAGAUCUCUAGAGUCUGUAUCUCCAUGACCGAAUCAACUCCUGUCAACCCUGAUUCAAGUGCCGGUGCAAUUGUUGAUUAUGCGGAGAUUAUAGUGGUGCGUCAUGGAGAAACAGCGUGGAAUGCUGAUGGGAGAAUUCAGGGACAUCUGGAUGUGGAACUGAAUCAUGUUGGGAGACAGCAAGCAGCUGCUGUUGCUAAUCGAAUCUCAAAGGAGAUGAAAAUCUCAGCUGUAUACUCUUCCGAUCUGAAACGAGCUAUGGAGACUGCUCAUAUUAUUGCAAGCACAUGUGGUAUCCCCGAGGUCACAACAGAUCCGGAGUUGAGGGAAAGACAUCUUGGAGAUCUUCAAGGGUUUACAUUACAAGAAGCAGCAGUGUUAAAGCCAGAUGCUUAUUUAGCAUCUUUGUCACCAAGGACCGAUCAAGAAAUCCCAGGAGGUGGAGAAAGUUUUGAUCAACUCUAUAACCGCUGCACAUCUUCAUUGCAGAAAAUUGGGAAGAAGCAUAGAGGAGAGAGAGUGGUGUUGGUCACUCACGGCGGAGUCGUAAGAGCAUUUCACAGGCUUUCUGCUCCAACGGAAAAAUUGCCAGGGAAGAUAAUGAAUGCAUCAGUGAAUAUAUUUCGCCUAGCUGAAGAGGAGUGGAUGAUAAAUACAUGGGGUGACAUUAGCCAUCUUAGUGAAACUGGCUAUCUGGAGACUGCCUUUGGUGGUGACAAGACUUCUGGUUAGUUUAUAAGAGACGGCCACUGGCUCUGGCUUUCUGCAUUUAUUCAAAUUUCAUUCCAUUUGAAUGGCCAGAAAAUCUGUGGUCUAGAUUGGGCAUUUGUUCACUUUGAAUGGCUAUCUGCUUGCACAUAUACUAUUGUCAAAGUCACAAGUCGAUUGAAAUUAGUAAUAGCAGGAUGAUUAAAUCUCGGGACGUGUUGCAAAGACGAAGAGUAAUGAGCGUUGAGAAUUAUUAGAUGAUUAGAACCAUUGAUAUAAUUGUCAUCCUCCUGCUGUUAUA